AUGGUAUAGUGAUGGGAUAGUCGCAGCCUUCAGCCUCUCUCAAGCAAAAAUAUGGACGUCCAGCUGUUGACGUCAUCACAUCAAGCCCCGCCAACAAAGGAAGCCACAUUUUUUAUAGAUUUUUUUUAACAAAUUAACAAGUAAUUUAUAAUGUUAAUAACCACCAGAAGAGUUGAUAAAUGGUAAUCGUCUCGAUGAUGCACUGAACGAGGAGGGUCAUUUUCAUCAUCCCUUCGCAAGUAAAGACUGUCAAUUCUUUCAUUUUGUAAGCCGCCAUUGCAGCAGUAGGAAGCUCUUGUUUAAUUAUGGCCGUAAUCUCCACAAAUUGGCAUAAUCCCUUUCUAAUAUUCCCGGUUCUAUUUCUUCUUCAUGACAAGACAAACACUCGACAUCGAACGGAACUCCAUUGGAAUAUCAGUAUAAAAGCCGGAAUACGAUCCCCGCCCCUUUUCGUUUUUUUGUUUUUGAAAAACUUGUUAAAGUGUCUGCCUUUCCUCUCAGGAGAAUCUAACGCCAUAAAAUUCCCCAGUUCCUUUCUUCAGUAAUCAUUCUUAUGUAUUUUUAAAAUCCCAGGCUUUGCAGUAUAAAAACCCAUCAAUCCGCUUCUGCACACAUCAGUUUCUUAGUUCUCUGCUUCAUAUCACAAAGUUAAGAUCCUCUCUCUCUCUUCUGCAAUCAAUGGGCAACAACUUGCAAAAGAGGAACCGGAGGCAGGAAGAUAGGGCUUGCAAUAAGAUCUUCAAAGCUGUGAGCAGUCCUCUCCGGAACAAUCUCCGCACCUCCAAGCGUAGCCAAAGCACAGACACCAGACCCAACCCAGAGGCUAUUCGUGUCAAGUUCGCGGAGACAUCGGCUCAGACCGCCAAACCCAUGUCGGAUAUGGGGCCUACCGGGAAGAAGAAGAAGAAGACGGUCACUAGAGUUGGGACUGUGAAGACGGAUGAAAGGUUCAGCGACUACAUAAAGAGAGCGAAGCUUAAGAUCAGAGCCAUGACGAAUCUCGGGGAUAUUAGGAGCGCCGAAGCGACAGAGGCUGGAACUGGAACUCAUACCCCCGUCCCUGUUCAUGAAGACAGUGGGAGAGAUAAGUUCGGGGAGUACAUAAAGAAAGCAAAGAUGAAGCUCAGAUUCACUUCCAGUAUCGGACAUGGAAACCCGAAUCGCGAAUAGUCCAAAAAUGAAGGAUUGUGCGUGUGUGUUUGAUUGGUGGGGGUUUUAACCCUAAUAACCCACUUGGGUCGCAGCAAUUUCAGGGUACACCACCGAAAAAAAAAAAAA